GAUCUGAGUACAGUUGCUCUCGUGGUUGGUCGAAUGUGACAGUUUGUUUCAAUCAUCAGAGUGCGCUGUUGUAUCAUAGUUUGUUAGAUUCUCGAUGUGAUCAGUUCCCCGAUGAUGUUGUCGAUUGUUAUUGGUGGAUAAAAGCAGACUGUUCGAACACUAUCAACAUCAUCAAGUUCCCGAAUUCUAAAAUGGAACCAACUCUAACGACCCUUAUAACCUUGUUGAAGAGCCAUAAUGAGGUAGCAUUUACUCAGGCACUGGGGCAGUUUAAAAACAACAAAACAAAUGCCAAUGAAUGGCGCAAUGAUUUGAAUGAAAUGAUGAAUGUCGCGGUUCAGUAUGGAAAAUUGUCACUGGUGAAAAGGUUAACUAAUGAAGAUUAUGUUUUUGAUGCAGAGUCCGAUUUGUCGUCACAUUUGGCCCGAUGUUCCAGCUCCGGUCACCAUGAAUUACUAGCAUUCAUUCUAUCGAAAACUGGAUACUUGGCCGCUGAUAUUCAAGCUAUAAACUCAUUUCCUCUGAUUUCACUGGUGAUUAAAGAGAUAAAUACCCUUAAAGACAGCAGGAAGUGUCCAUUUUUCAAGUGCUUGUACAUUUUGCUGGAUGAUAAUCGUGUCGACAUCGACAAACAAGACGAGCAAGGAUUCAGCGCGCUACAUUAUGCAGUGAAAUAUAAAGUCGAUGCUGCCGUGGAGUUGUUGUUGAAUCGCUCGGCUUAUAUUGGGACAAAGAAUGCGUUCAAAGAACUACCCAUUUGCGAAAUGAAUCCUCGAAUUCUCGAAGAAUAUUUGAACUCGUGCAUAACUGCAAACGACAAAAGACCAGGUGAUGAAGCUUACGAGGUGAACUUCGAUUUCUCCUGCUUGGUUCCUCCAAAAUGUAAGAGUUCGAUUCGAAAUGACUAUCCAGACCACGAUGAAAUGCUACCGAUCGUUUAUAUGUCUCAUUCGGAUGAUUUAAAAUAUUUGCUAAAGCAUCCACUAAUAUCUAGUUUCAUGUUGAUCAAAUGGUUGCGACUGAGCAUUUAUUUUUAUAUCAAUCUAGUGAUAUGCACAAUUUCGUUUCUAGCUUUCACAAGCUACGUAGUAGGAUGUUAUGGCCAGGAAAACGUAGAUCGAUGGAUCAAAGAAAUACUUCGCAUUACUUCCCUGUUCGGAACAACUUACAUGGCACUCAGGGAGCUUGGCCAGAUGUUACUGCAUGCAACGAUGUACUUCUCGUCGAUAGAAAACUGGAUGGAGAUAGCUUUGAUUGGGGUGUCGUACACGGUUUUACUAAACGAAUUUCCUAGUGAAACGAGACAGAUUCUGUCUGCGGCGGUUAUUAUGUUGUCUGCAAUGGAGUUCACGCUGUUGGUUGGAACGUUGCCUAUUCUAUCGAUAUCGACGCACAUGGUUAUGCUGAAAACAGUAUCUAAAAACUUUUUGAAAAGUUUAAUACUCUAUUCCAUCAUUCUGAUCUCAUUUGCAUUUUGUUUCUACACGCUGUUCAAAGUGAACAAUAGUGCGAAUUAUUUGUCGAACGAAAGUGCUAACGAAAAGGAUGACAAGUUCAAUGAUUUUGGUGACGUUGGUAGCUCAUUACUGAAAACAGUGGUGAUGUUAACAGGAGAAUUCGAAGCAGCUGACAUAAAAUUUCGAAACAGUAUCAGCUAUUUGAUAUUUGUUUUGUUUUUGUUUUUUGUCACCCUUGUCAUUUUCAACUUGAUGAAUGGGUUAGCAGUCAGUGACACGGUGGCAAUCAAGACUGCGGCGGAAUUAAUAGGACUUUCUCAAAAAGUUGAAGUUAUUUCCAGGUAUGAACACGCCUUGUAUCAUUCAAAACCGAAUGCUAAUGGAAUGCUAAUUAAACUAAUAUUUUUCAUCUUCCCGCAAAACUUUCUGCAACUUUUCCCAAACUAUUUACCGCUCCAUCGUGUAAUAGUGACACCGAAUCAAUCAAACGCGAUAUUCAUUCCGCAUUUCCGCAAGCACACGGACACGGAAACUGGAAAAGUCGACGUGGAAAGCAACAUUGAACUGCUGGCGGAUGGGGGCGACCAAAACGAGCGAGUUAAACUGAUCGUUGGUUGCUGUAUUCUGCCCUCGUUUUCAAAGAUGGACAGCAAAAUAAUGAAAUACGCAAAGGAGAUACUGCAUUCCCGCAACAGGCGGAACUAUGCGGUACCGGAACAAUCUUCACAAUCGGUCGAAAUGAGGCUUGCUAAGCUGGAAGGCAACAUGGAACUGAUAUUGCAGCGUUUGAGCAAUUGGGGAAUGAAAUAGUGUGGCCAAACAUGAUAUUUUUUUGAUAGUAAGUGAAUAAAAGCGAUCAGCGAUCUAACACGA